GGCUGGAGUCUGUCUGUGAUGCUACUCAGGAUGCUGUGUGUUAUGGGGCUCUGGGAGGACCUGUGAUGCUGCAGCUGAUGACGAUGACCAAAGGACAUGAUGAACUGAAGCUUUAUAAUGGAGCUGGAAAAAGGGUUUUCACUUUUAAGAACUCCAAGACAGUGUUCCACACGGACUUCAACACUCCGCUGUUCCUUCAGAGGUGGAGCUUUGUAGCCGGUAACGGAACCCUGAUCAUAAACCCUGCAGAGAGGAGCGACUCAGGAACGUACACGGUGGAGAUCUUUAACGAGGCUACAGGGGCAUCCGUGGGGAAACACACCAUACAGAUCAUCGUUGGAGGGCUGGAGUAUGGCCGUGUCUCUGGGGGUCAGCGUGUGUCUGUGCAGCUGGUGCUGAAUGCUGCUGGUUACGAGCUGAAGUUCUACAGCACCACCUAUGGGCAGGAGGGGGUAUUCACCUUCAAGAACAACAUGACGGCCUUCCACAAACGCUUCAACACCCCGCUGUUCCUCCAGAGGUGGACGUUUGUAGCCGGUAACGGGACCCUGAUCAUCAACCCUGCAGAGAGCAGCGACUCAGGAACGUAUACGGUGGAGAUCUACAGGGAGUCCACGGGGAGAAUUGCAGGGAAACAGACGAUAGUGCUGAACAUUGCAGGUACAGUGCAGAUGAUGGCAUAA